AUGGCAGCUACUAUUACGUAUAACAAGGAUGAUAUCGAUCAACUCACAGUUACUCUUCAACAGGUUAUGAGCAAACAGAAUACCGUGUUCGGCGAUGUCACUCUAUUAGAAGACCAUCUCACAUUCAAUACUUGGAACCAGCAAAUUCUGUUCCUAUUUCAGAUACACAACUUGGACCAUUUUAUUGCUAACGGUCGUGACGGUUUUGAAUUUGCUUCUGCUGUCACCGAUGGUCAAAAGAAGAAGUUGUUUGGUUUAUUUGAGAAUGUCAUACAAGCCGCAGUCAACGCCACUGUCAACACAGAAAUCAAAAAGGAGGCAGGUUUAACCUUUGGUCGGGACAAAUACUUGGCAAUCGUGGACUUAUACGGAACCUUGUCCAUAACAAUCGCUGCCAAGUUAUUAUCUUCGCAUGGUGGCCUGAAUUCGUCCUUCGAUACAAUGUGUUUGAUUUUUAACAACAUCGUUAACAAGAUUGAACCACGCAAUUUGGGAGGUAUUUGUGCACUCCUCAACUUGCCAGAAAACACUUGGGCUCAGAUUGAAACGGCUCACAAUGCCAAGCUUUUGACACAGNGCACUCGGCAUUUCACAAACCUCAAUAUGCCAUUGUACUUCAUACAAUGUCAACAAAGUUCGGUAAAAAAGAAAAGCGAUCUACACAUCUCAGAAAGUCAAUUUGGGUUUUCCCAAUUUAUACUCGUGAAUUGUUAG